UAUUGACAAGACAUCUGAAUCAAGAUCCUGUGGAAAAUCUAUUCGCCACUGUAAGGCAACAACACGGUUGUUGCCGGAACCCAAGUUCUUUGCAAUUUGAGAAUGGUCUGCGGCAUACAUACCUCACAAGUAUUUCAAAGUUGUCAAGUCAGACAAACUGUGAAGAUGACUUUUCAUUUUCAUUGAGAAAAUUAAGUGAGUUGAGUGAGCUUUCCGAAACUCAAAUAAAAAGUCAACCUGAAGCAUCUUUGUCUUGGAAAGCUAUCGAUAAUAUUGAUGUUGACCUGCAGGAUGAAAAUGCCAUAUAUUAUGUUAGGGGAUAUAUGGCAGAGAAAUUUCUAAAAUUGCACCCUUGUGAAAAAUGUAAAAGUUUACUCGUGGACGAUGAAAAAAAUUAACAGGUCAGCAUCAAUUGUUCACAUAUUUCACUGCCAGAAUCUGAAGGAUUGCUUUAUGCUUCUCAAAGUUUUUAUGAAUAUAUAAAGAAGCUUGAAGUAAUCCAUAAUGUGCACUUCAAGGACCUUCUACAUAGUAGGCAUAUAGUGGGGGAUUUAGUGGAAAUAGUCAGAGGAAAAAAUAAAAUUUCAUUUGAUCUGUGUACACCAGAAGCCUCUGGCCAUUUCCUCAAGAUGUUUAUGACUAUACGUUGUCUUUGGGGUUUUCGGUUCGAAAAUCAAAAUAAAAUAAAAAAAGUGAAUACAAAAAAUCAAAAACUCAGAAAUCUAUGCAAUGAAUAAUGAUUCACAUUUAAGAUUACUUAAGAGUGCUGGUACGCUUACUAGUUUAGUAUCAGUUUGACAAUGUGCAGAACAGUUGAUUUUAAAGCUGAAAAGAUGUCUUUAGACCAUCUAUAUGAAUUCAAUUUUGGAAAGUUGUACAACGAUUGUACAGAAAGGGGUAUAACAUUCGAGGAGGAUUGUAGCGUAUGUUUGAGCAGAUUGACAGGAGAAUUGUACCUUACCGAUUGCAGACAUUCAUUCCACAAGGAGUGCAUCCGCAGAUGGUGCUCCAAUUCCAAAUGUAGUCCCAUGUGCAGGACAAAUUUAAUUUUCGAAGAAACCUUCAGUAUCUUCGAUACUAAUUGGCAACCUGUUAAUAUCCAUCGGUUCGACCAGAUGGACAGUGACGAAGCAGAUGAUGAGAGUGAAGAAGAAGAAGAGGGAAAUGAAGAAGAGAAUGAAGGAGAAAAUGAAGAACAAACCAACGAGGAGAGUUAAUGAAAUUUGUGAUUCCUGCCUUUUUGCGUGAUUUCUUCUUUUUUUGUACAUGUAUUUAUGUUUUGUUUAAUAUCCACUUGUAUUUUCUUUGUUUGGAUUCAUGCUGUAUCGUUUUAUAUAUACAUAUUUUAUUUUGAAUUAUGUUGUGUUCAUAUGUCAUCAUGAUUUCUGCAAAAUCUACUUUAGCGCCAUACUUGAUAUCAGUAUUCAGUUUUCUACUGAAAGAUUUUAACUUUCAACUGCUUUCGAACCAUUCAAAAUACUUCGAUCUCUUUUGGAAUACUUACAUAUUUUCAGAUAAA